AUGGAUAUGGAUGUAGAAGCAAUGUUAGAGGCUCCGUAUCAGGAGAAACCUCAAGCUGAUGAAUCCCAUUUGCAGCAUUCCAAUGGACGCUCUGACUCUCGUAUUCAUCUCGACAUUCAGGUUCCUCAAGGCACGAUCAUUCAGCAUCUCGUUCUCACCGUGAUGAUUACAGACCACGAAGCCGUUCUAGACCUAGCAGUCGUCGACACCGUAGUCGCUCUAGAGAUUACCCAAGGUCCCGAUCCCGUGAGAGAGAUUAUUAUAAUUCCCGUAGAAGAUCUAACUCCAGAAGUCGAAGAAGAAGAAGUAGAAGCCCACGCAGACAGGAUCGAAGCCGUGAGCGCUUUGAUCUUCACCAUUAACCCUUCAAUCUCUUUAAGCCGCCGCAGACGUAAUAGAUCAGCUUCUCCACCAAUACCGGAAGAGGAACGUGAUAAAAGGACGGUGUUUGUGACUCAACUUUCGGUUCGUCUUGAAUCUAGGGAACUGGAAGAAUUCUUCUCCCAAGCAGGCAAAGUCCGAGAUGCGAAGAUCAUCAUGGAUCGUAAUUCCAGACGCUCUAAAGGUGUUGGGUACGUCGAAUUUUAUGACGAAGCUACUGUUCAGAACGCAUUGGCAAUGUCAGGUCAAAAACUUUUAGGUAUACCAGUUGUGGUCCAAGUAACUGAGGCUGAGAAGAAUCGUUUAGCAAUGCAAGCCCAGAACGCUGCCUUUGGACAUAAUGACAUUUCAUAUCAUCGCCUAUAUGUUGGGUCCAUUCAUUUCAAGCUUACUGAAGAUGAUCUGCGACAGAUAUUUGAGCCAUUUGGCCCUAUUGAUUCUAUCAAUUUGCACACAGACGAAACUGGUCGAUCUAGAGGAUUUGCUUUCAUCCAGUUCCGCAAUGGAGCCGAUGCAAAGCAAGCUUUAGAUAAGAUGAAUGGCUACGAGCUUGCAGGACGUAAUUUGAGAGUUGGUUUAGUAAACGAGAAGACCGGCACUGGUGGCAACUAUACUCUAGAUGAAGAAGAAACAUCUGGCAUUUCAUUGAAUUCCACUUCUAGAGCAGAACUUAUGCAAAAACUGGCGGCCAGACAGGCUGAUACCUCGCCUAAAGCUCCUGCAUAUAAGCCUACUCCAACGCCGGCGCCUGCAAAGGUCAACGUUCCAACUGCGGCGGCUACGCGUACCAUUAUGCUUAAUAACAUGUUCAACCCUACAGAGGAAACCGAACCAAACUGGGUGCAGGAGCUUGAAGCUGAUAUCAAAGAUGAAUGCAGUCAAUAUGGGCAAAUCUCCCACGUCAAUGUUAACGAUGAUUCAUUGGGUGAAGUGUUCUUGAAAUUUGACAAUGUAUCAGCGGGUGAGCGUGCUGUGAAGGCGCUGAACGGGCGUUGGUUCGGAGGCAAGCAGGCAAGUGCUUUUUCAACGUUAUUUUCCAGUCCCUGUCCUUCAUUUCAUCUAACCUGUCCUUCAAACCACAACAACAGAUUACAGCUACGUUUGUACCUGAAGCAAUCUAUAAUGCUCGAUUUUCGCUUUAGGAUCCGCUGA